AUGGGGAAUAUCACGUGUGCCCAGACCAUUGCUGAUUUGAACCUGAAGGACUUGGAGGGGCUCAAGAGUCUCCAAUGUGCCAAGCUGCACUGGCUGAGCUGCAUCCAGAAUGAGAAGAAGGAGGAGCUGGGCUGUGGGCUGGUGAAGCCCCAAGGCUGCCUCCCCAAGCAGCUAAGCAUCUCCGCUCCCAGAAAGGAAGAAGAGAAGAGUGCAGCACCAAAGAAAGAGCUAGGAAGGAAUAGAAAAGGAGAAGAAAAGAGAGAAAAGGAGAGUAAAGAAGAAGAAAGGUGUUCAGCUUUAAAGAAAUACUCAAAGGUUGAUGGUAAGGAGAAAUCACUUACAGACUCCAAAGGUGUCACUGAGGAAAAGGCUCCUCUAGCACCAGAGACAGAGCCUAAACAGAUCCCAGAAAACAGCUCCUCAAAACCCGUGGAUAGCCUCCCAAGCCAGACCAAGGAAGAGGAAGAAGCAGCUUCCAGUAUCUUUGAUGAGCCCUUAGAAAGAGUGAAGAAUAAUGAUCCAGAGAUGACAGAAGUCAAUGUCAAUAACUCCGACUGCAUCACCGGUGAAAUCCUGGUGCGCUUCACAGAGGCCUUGGAAUUUAACACCAUAGUCAAAGUGUUUUCACUGGCCAAUACCCGUGCUGAUGACCAUGUCGCAUUUGCCAUCGCCAUUAUGUUGAAGUCAAACAAGACACUAACCAGCAUCAAUCUGGACUCUAACCACAUCACAGGUAAAGGGAUCCUGGCCAUCUUCCGUGCGCUGCUGCAGAACAACACCCUGACAGAGCUGCGUUUCCAUAACCAGAGACACAUCUGCGGGGGGAAGACAGAGAUGGAGAUAGCCAAGCUACUGAAGGAGAAUACCACCCUCCUGAAGCUGGGCUAUCAUUUUGAACUGGCAGGUCCCCGCAUGACAGCCACAAACCUGCUGAGUAGGAACAUGGACAAGCAGAGGCAGAAACGCCUGCAGGAACAGAAGCAGGUUCAGGAACGUAGCGAGAAGAAAGAACUGCUAGAGGUGCCAAAGGCAGGCGGCUUGCAAAAGGGGUCCCCCAAGCCUUCGCCACAGUCAUCCCCAAAAUCUUCCCCGUGGUCUUCCCCUAAAAGUUCUCCUAAGAAGGGUGGGCCUCCUGCUGCACCUCCCCCACCCCCACCUCCACUAGCCCCACCCCUGAUCAAUGAAAAUAUAAGGAAUUCUCUCUCUCCAGCCACCCAGAGGAAGAUGGUGGAGAAGGCACUUCCUGCUCAGGAGAAGAACUCAAGGGACCAGCUAUUGGCGGCCAUUCGAUCCAGCAAUGUCAAACAGCUAAAGAAGGUGGAGGUCCCAAAACUAUUGCAAUAGGACAUGGAAGCUGGAUCUCCCGCAUGGAUGAGACCUGUGGCAGAAAAUAGGACGUUAGCCUUUCUUAUGACUGUUUACAUGACCAGUCCUUGGGGACUCUGCAGUGGCCACCUGCCUGCCCCAGAGCUGGAGGAGCAGUGUUCUCUGUGGGGUCCAACUGAGGGGGGCAGCCCUGAGAAGGGCCCUGGGGUCAUUGGAUGCAGUGUGUGCGGCAGACCUGGUAUUCAUUUUUACAAUUUUAAAAAUCUUAAAGCUCUUUCUUUUAGCCAGCACCAGCGUGCGACGUGCCAGUGCAAGAUGGGGGCAGGGUUGCAGGAAUGGGGAGAGGGUGUUUGUUCCUGUUGCCGCUGACAGAGUUUGGAGCAUGAGUAGUUACCAAGUGCAGCAGAUGCAGGAUGGAUGUCCCUAAAUGUCUGGGUCCACAUCUCCAGAACCGCGUGGCUCUGCCAAUACAGAACACCACACAGACAGCAACCGGCACCCCAAAGAGCCUUGCUUUGCUCUCAGCUUGGAGUCUGUCGGGCAGAACUGGCAGCGGGACAUUGUCUAGAGUGACGCAGAGCCAAACUCAGGAGAAUGCUUGGGGCAGAAAUGAAUUGACAUUCCUCUCUGCGGGUUCAGGAUCUCCAGUGCCCUGAAAAGGAAAAGGGAGCGUACGGUGCAAGGGGAGAGACGCUGACUGCCACAGACAGUUAGUAUUGGCUGAAUGUGUUGCAGGGGGCUGGGGAGAUACACCUGAUGCUGAUAUUUUGUGCAAAGAAAUAACUGAAAUUUGCAGAGGGCUGGCCCAGAGAUGUCACCUCCCCCCAGUAUCUUCAGGGCUCAGUGCAGCCACUGUCUAGUGCCAUGCUUUACAUGACUGAUCCUGCUGUCACUGUGCUGCUGCCCUUAGUGCUGGACACACAUGGUGGGGACUGGCAAGCAGAAAGCAGGGUUUUUGCUGAGAGAACACUGCUCCUGGUUUUCAGACCCAGCUGUCCACGAGGGAGGCACUGGGAAGGAUGUGCUUGGCCUGCAGGCUGUAGCCUAGCAUGCCCAGAGCCCUCUGCACCUGAG